GGAAGAAAAGCUAUACACGAUGAUUUGGGCGUUGGGUGUACGGGGCUGGCUCAAGAAUCUGUGGCUGGAGAGAUCUCCUCCUCAAAAAUUGUCUGGUUCGUGUUCACCACAAUCCGUCCACAUAAAUACCCUUUUCGUUUUUUGCCCUAAAAGAUCUCCGCUCCUUCAAACGUUUUCUUCAUUCGGUGUCGGCGUUAUAAGCCUCUUUACCCACCUUGGUGAAUCUUUGACUCCAUUUCUCAAUCCCCCAUUUUCCUGGAGGCUCACCAUCUGGUUGUUGAUUUGCCCUAGUGGGUGGCUUCUGUUCCUCUCCAUUGUUGCCUCAGAACUUUCAUCUGGGCAACAUUGUUGGCCUGCUGAUUUAGGUGAAUUUGAAGGAUGGUGGGGGCUUUGGCUUUGGUCGGUUCAUCGGUGGUGGAUUCGCAUACUUCGCCGUGCUUGUGUUUGGAAGCUUUGCCCUCGUCCAGUUUGAAUCACAAGAGCGGUGGAGACUUGGUUUCGCAGAGGAGUUCUGCGGCUAGAAAGCAUUUGUUGAGCAGCUCUUUUGUUGAUUCAGGGCAUGAGUUGAAGCUCUUGGUUAAAGCCAAGAAAUCAAGGAAACCGCCGAAGCAUCGGAGCCUUGUCAUCGUCAAUGAGUUGGCUGGACAAUAUGAAGAUAGUUUCGAGGAUGUUAAAACAAAACGUGGAAAUGUUGUUCAUGACAGCGUUGCCUUAGAUCAGAUCAUUGAUUGUGUGAAAGACUUAUCUGCUAUUACCGAGCUUGUACUCCUGUAUGUUAUCUAUUUCAAGCAAUUAUUGAAUUAUUUUACCUACAAAGCAGUGCGGACUGUUCUAAACCAGCUUUAUGAGAUGAACCCAACGCAGUAUAGGUGGUUCUAUGAUUUUGUUGUCACCAACAAACCAGGUGAUGGGAGACGUUUUAUUCGCUCCCUUGGAAAGGAGAAGCAAGAUCUCGCUGAGAGAGUGAUGAUAACGAGACUUCACCUCUAUGGAAAGUGGGUCAAGAAAUGCAACCAUGCUGAGAUAUACAAGGAGAUUUCGGAACAGAACUUGGAGUUGAUGCGUGAACGACUGAUAGAGACUGUGAUUUGGCCGUCAGAUGACACAAAUACAGAGAAGAUCGGCUGAUGAAAUCAAGUACCCCUUGGAGUUGAGUUUUCACCUUAUUUUUCCCCUUCUAGUCUCUGCUAUUGCUGUUCACCAGUUAGGUCUCAUCCUUGAAAAAGAGAUGGAAAAGUUUAGUUGAAACAACUGUCAUUUAUAUUAUUAUAUCUCCACCAAGUAAUAAGCAGUGUCAUGUAUAUUGCACACGAAAGUUGUGUACAUAAAUAUAACCCAUCAAGUUUAUUUAGAUCUCUA